AUGGCUAUCUUGCGUGCUCUGUUCACUCUUGCUGUAAAUUCCCGCAAAGAUAAUGUCUCGAUGCAGAAUGUCGGUCAACAGGCGAGACAAGCCAUCCUCCAGAUUGCGUCGACUAACACUCCACUGUUCAUGACGACUCUCACCCUCGACAUACUCAGUCCGAAAGAUCUCGAGUACCGUAAAAUUGUGAUGCAGGUAGUGGCGUUUCUCACCCGAAAGAAACCCUUGCUACUGUAUUCAAAUAUUUCCUCCUUGAUGGAAGCGAUAGUGAAGUCCUUAGACCCUAACUCAACUUCGAGUUGUGAUGCAGUUCAUGACACGGCUACGGAAAUCAUCGGUUAUGUCGUGAAAACGUUCCCGACGGUUGAUUUCCACAUGGCUACCCAGCGUCUCGCGGUUGGGACAUGUGAAGGCGCCUUUAUCAUGUAUGACCUCAAGACUGCAACUCAACUAUAUGUUCUGGAGGGCCACAAAAAGCAACCAACGGCAUGCUCGUUCUCGCCGGAUGGCCGCCGGCUCGUCACAGUUUCACUCGAGGAAGGCAUUGUACUUGUGUGGAAAGUAGGUUCGAGUUUCACAAGCUUUUUCCACCCUGGCGCGCCCCCUCGUCAGGGAAAUGCUGGGUCGCAGCCGUACGAGACCCUAGGGUUCAAUGUUGAUGAGGAAGGUGUGUUCUCCGUCACGCACGCAUGCCCGUCCUGA